UGGUAAUAUUAGUUGCUGACGCCACAUUGUUCACUCAGUACGGAAGAGAACGACAGUAAUGUUUGUCACACAGAAUUUGGUCUUUUAUUUAAGAGAAACUCUUGUCAAAGUUCAUCAUGUGGGACGUUCUGCUGCUCUUUUCCAGCAUCUGUACAGCUGUUGUUGUCGGAGCUCCAGUUACAGUUAAAGGACACAGAGGAGAGAGAGUUGAGAUCAGAUGCUCAUAUGAAUCUAGAUAUGAAUCAAAUUCAAAGUAUUUUUGUAAAGGCGAGUGUAUGACUGGAAAUAAAAACAUCAUGGUUAAAUCAGGAUCUCCAGCUAAAGACGAGAGAUUCUCUCUGACUGACGACACGACGAACAGAGUUUUCACCGUCACCAUCACUGAUCUGAGAACAGAGGAUGAAGGACUAUACUGGUGUGCUGUGAAGAGGACUUUGCCUUUAACUGAUGUCUAUUCAGAGAUUAUGUUGCAGGUUAAACUGGAUGAGAAGACCACUGAGGUUUCAACCAUCAGCCCUUUUUCAAACACAUCAUCAUCAUCAUCAUCAUAUUUCAGUACAACAGAACUGAAUCCACAAUCCACCAGCAUGAAUCAAACAAAUCAUCACUUCUCAACAGGUCAUGUCUCAGAUUCAGGGUUUGUCAUCUACGUCAGUGCUGGGUUAGUCAUCAUGGUGAUCAUCUUCCUCAUGACGCUGAUGGUGUGGUGUAAGAAGAGAAGCAAGAAACCACCAAGAGAUACACAAACAGGACUUUCACAGCAAGUCUCUGUCGGGCUUUUGCCUUUGAAUACAACAGCAGAGAUCACUGCAGAGGACAGUGACUGGAAUGACCAUAAUUAUCAGGAAAUCAGCGAGUUUCAGUGCAAGAACAGUCAAAACACCACUAUCUACUCAACAGCAGAAAGUCCAGAUGAUCCAAUGAUCUACUCCACUGCGGAUAAACCAGAUGAUCCAAUGACCUACUCCACUGCAGAUAAACCAGAUUUAACAGUCUACUCAACAGUAGAUAAACCAGUUUCAACAAUCUACUCCACUGCAAAUUAACUAGCUGAUCUGAUGAUGUACUUCACAGUAGUCUCAGCCUCAGACGUCAUGCCCACGGACCGUUGGCUGAACGUCUGAUGCAUAUGGCACACUUAUCUGGAAACACUUCAGGAGUUUUGAAGUCAUCAUCUGGUUGGUUGAAUUCUACAGGAUGUCCGGGAGACGUGUGUGUUGCGUUCUUUAACGGUCCGCCUGGAAACAAAUGCCGUGACGCCAAACCCCCUCGUAGAAGAAGAACGGUGUCAUGUUUACAACUAUGACAACGAGCGCUUAUCAGGAUCAAAUAAACGCUGGAUUUUCAAAAGUAUGUGAAGUUCAUGGCUCCAUUGUUGCAGUAAACUUACACAAUGUUCUUGAAUGAAUAAUUUAUUAGAUGCACGCCGGUCUGUUAUUGUUGGUACAUCAACUUUCAUUUUCACGCCCCUAAACCUGACGCGGACCAAACGAACUGUGAUUGGUUGCUUUACAUGUCAAUCAAACGUCUUCUUUUGUGGUCCUUAGCCAAUAAAGGCUGCGAUAGAGUCCAGACCUUCUGCCGUCAGUCUGAAGGUCUGGCUACGCAAGACUAACUUCACAGUAAAGAGACUAAUGACGUUUUUUGCAGAAUGUGUGUCAAAGCAGCUUCAUGGAGUGGAAGUUCAACCCACAAUGCAGUGACAGGACAAAAACAAUCCCUUAUUUUAAGAAGACACUUUGGCUAGAUUAGGGUUUAAAUGAAGAACCAUGCCCUCAUCUGCUUCAUUUUGUGGAAUAGAUGCCGACUGUCAGUCACUGGAUUUACAAAAAAACACUUUAGCAUUUGUCGAUCUAUUGUAAUGUUCAGAGAAAGUUUACAGUUUUUUUUUUUUUUGCAGUUUGUUAUAUUAUACUCAUUACGAGUGUUAUUUGUGUAUUACUUUAUUUAUUUGAAAUGCAGGUAUUGGCUCGCCUUAUCAAAUGGGUUUACAUGAAUAUAGCUCAAUAUAUUUUGCAUAAUUAAACAGUUGUGUUUAUGGCCAGGCCAAUGCAGGUGAACCUUCAGUUUUUGGGCAAAUGACUGCAUAUAUAUAUAAUUAAAUACAUUUGUUUUAAA